AUGAGCAGCUUCCAAAAUAUCGAGAAGCCGUCCUUGGUAUGGCACUGGAGGUCCUGGGACGAUAUCAAAGCAGCCUCAAUGUUCACGCUGGGCAAUUAUGCCAACAUUAUCCUUCUGGCCAUCUUCCUCAUCUUGGCCAUCAACCAAGUGAGACUCAAGAAUCUCAAUCACCCCUGGUCGUCGCGGACAGCGUCGUUGACUUCUCCUCAGCAAGCUGCCAAGAAGGUUGGUUUCGAGAACCGCUAUCUCAAAGCGCCUGAGUUCCCUCCUAUAGAGGAGCAACCAGACUUUGACUGGGAAGCAACAGAACCUCUCCGCUUCCGGCCCUUCAAGCCCAAAUACCACUUGACUAUGGGUGAGUUCGCGUUGCAUCCUGCCGUUGGCGUUCCUCUAUUUUCUCAAGCGAAAUCUCUUCUCUUGUUCCUACAAGAAGAGGCUGACUCUACACGAGCCGAAUCUGACAAGUCAGCACUUGAAAACCUCGAUCCUUCGGAGUUACUAGUGAUGGACAGGAACUACGCCGACCGCAUCGCCUACCGCCGGAAAGUCAUGGCCGAGCAUGGCGAACACGUCGUUGCCGUGAAUGACGAUUAUCGCAUCCGCCCCGCCGUCGUGGAACUCUACCAGUUCCUUCUCGGCACUUACCUGCCGCUCCGCUUUCCUAAGAUGUUUAAAUUACACGAAACCGAUUAUGAGGAGGGCAAGACGUUUAUGCUGGAGAAUCUGGUGACCAAGGCACUGUUUCCCGCGAGACCCUCGCCUCGGACGUCGACCAAAAUGCUGUUAGAGACACUUGGCCGGACACUCGACGAAGACUUCCUCUUCCUCCUUCCCGAGGAAGGAGACAAAAACACCGAUAAGAAAGAAACCAAUAGCGAGAGCUCAGAAGGUGAUGCAAAGUACAUCCUCGAGGCCUAUGUCUGCUGCUGCCCCAGCGGAUUCGACCCGCGCGAGAAACUCGGCAACAGGCUCGCCAAAAUUCACGGCCCGGUGCCCGGCUACCCUCAAAAACUGGAGGCAUCGAUGGACCGAUUCUUCUCCCGGCUCGAGGUCGGCAAGUAUGUGCGCCGCGUAAACUGGGCCGUCACCACGAACACCGAAGUCUAUGCCGCGGGGCCCGGCACCAACCACGCCCACGAAGGGGACGAGGUCGAAGAACUGGAGGACGUCGACGUGGACAAGACGUUCCUGAGGUGCGAAAGGCAGACGCUCCACAGACUGCCGAAAAGUAAGGCGCUGGUGUUUGCCUUCAGGACAUAUUUGUACCCGAUUGCCCAGAUAAAGGAGGAGGGGAAGGGAGAAGAACUCGCACAGGCUAUUGAUGGCUUAAAGGAGGGCAGUGUGCCCGCAAUGCACUUUUACAAGAGGGGCGUGGUAUGGGGAGAGGCCGUCAAGAGGUACCUCAGAAGCUGA